CGUCCCGGGACAGCGGCAGCGGGGGGAGCCCGGCCCGGCCCGCGGAGCAGGGUCCUAACUUUUUGCGCGGAGCGGCGCGCUGGGGCCGCAGCAGUUCCCGCCUCCCCCCGGCAGCGGCUCCGCCAUAGGCGCAAACUUGGAGGCUCGGCCGCGGCGGCGGAGUUUGGGGAGGAGGAGGAGGAAGAGGAGGAGGAGAAAGAAGGAGAAGGGGCGGCAGCUGCGUGGCUCCGCGGGCGCGCAGCGGGUGCGCGGGGGCGGCAGGGCUGGGCAGGGCGCGGCGCUGGCGGCCGGAGGAGGAGGAAGAGGAGGAAGAGGAGAAGGGUCAGUGCCGGCGGGUGCUAGCGGGGAGCUCCGCAAUAAUGUUGUCCCUGCUGUUUCUGUACCUCCGACUGCAUACGCGCUUGAAACACUGACAAAGCUGAAGGCUGCAGGCGCCGGCAGGAUGGAGCAGACACCAGGACUUUGUUCAGCCACCGAGCCGGCCGUGCCCGUGUCGAUCUUCUGGGACAGAGCGUCCUAAAGAACCUCCGCAAGGGGAAGAGACCGCAGCCAAGUCCAGGAGAAUGAAGAGACACAAGUGUCCCUACAAAUGUCCCUCACAAAGGAAGAUCCUGAUCCUGUGUGUUACGGGGUGGCUGAUUGCACUGCUGAAGCUCCUCCGUGUCGAAAGACACUUUUUUCCCUCUAAGGGCAUUUAUUUGGUUGAGCACUUCUUGAGCACUUCUUCGUAUGUUAGAAACAGGUAUUCCUACCUUAGAAAUGAGUUCCAGUACGAAAUUAAUUGUUCAUCUAUAUAUGAACAAGAUCCUCAUGAAAUUGGCAAGAGUUUAGAGAUAAGAAAAAAAGAGAUAAUUGAUUUAGCUGAUGAAGACAUUGUAGCAAUCACCAGUGAUUGCCACGUGUAUCAUUCACUUAGGAAAUACCACCUAAAACUUGUUUCUCCAGAGGAGGAGAGUUUUCCAAUUGCCUAUUCUUUGGUUGUUCACAAAGAUGCAGCAAUGGUAGAAAGGCUCAUAUAUUCACUAUACAGCCGUCAAAACAUUUACUGCAUCCAUUAUGACCAAAAAGCAGCAAAAAGUUUCAAAUCUGCUAUGAACAAUCUAGCUAAAUGUUUCCCCAAUAUUUUCAUUGCGUCAAAAUUGGAGACAGUGGACUAUGCACAUAUUUCACGGCUGCAAGCAGAUUUAAAUUGUUUGUCUGAUUUGAUGGACUCUGCAGUUCCCUGGAAGUAUGUUAUUAAUUUGUGUGGCCAAGAUUUCCCUUUGAGAUCAAAUUUUGAGUUGGUCGCUGAACUGAAGAGACUUCGUGGAGGAAACAUGCUGGAAACUAUAAAACCAAGCAGUAGCAAAAGAGAACGAUUUACUUAUCACUAUGAACUUAGGAAAGUGCCUUAUGAAUACAUGCAGAUGCCUGUAAAAACCAACAUUUCCAAGAAUCCGCCACCUCAUAAUAUUGAGGUAUUUGUAGGCAGUGCCUAUUUUGUUUUAAGCCGAGCGUUUAUUCAAUAUACCCUUGAAAGCUCUCUUGCAAAAGAUUUUUUCGAGUGGUCAAGGGAUACAUACUCUCCGGAUGAACAUUUUUGGGCCACUCUUGUACGUGUUCCUGGGGUCCCUGGGGAAGUUCCAAGGUCGGCCCAGGACAUAACAGACCUACAAAGCAAAACCCGUCUGGUGAAAUGGAAUUACCUUGAAGAACAUUUGUAUCCUCCCUGCACUGGUACCCACCUUCGCAGCGUCUGCAUCUAUGGGGCUGCAGAACUAAGGUGGCUUCUGAAUUACGGGCACUGGUUCGCCAACAAGUUUGACUCCAAAGUCGACCCUGUCCUGGUAAAAUGCUUGGCAGAAAAACUGGCAGAACAACAGAAAGAGUGGGUAAAUUUGUCGUCAGAUGAAUACUUUCUGCACGUAAAUUCUGUGAAUGCCUCGCUAUAGCAGCACGGUCUUCCCUGCUGUCAGCACUGUGUACUGUUACAGCACAGCGCCUGCAGCUCCUCUGCCUUGACCUGCUGCAGGAUGUUAGUGAGCGAAACAGCCGUUCUGCAUAAAGUUGAGCCCUGGGGAGUCGGGUGCCUGCCCUUUUAUUUAUGAAAAGUCAUGCCUCCCUGAUUGACUGUAUGUAACUUGCCACAGUAAUCUUGUAAUUGUUCUUCAGGGUGAUUCUGAGAGGAUGAGAUUUGCUUUUGGAGGCUGGUGCUGCCUGUCCUAAUGGAGUAUUUCAGAAACAUGUUUUUCAUCCAGUGUGUUUGCCUCUUUUCCUGAGAAACUCCAGCGCCUCUGUCUGUCCCCUUUCCCUUCACUUUUGUUUUUCUUAAAGGUGUGAAACAAAGACCUCUGUAUCUACUACCUCAGGAAAACUGGAAGUGCCCAGCUCACAGACAAAAACCAAGAGAUCAGCAUGACACCAAAUGAGCCAUGUGGCCUCACCUGAAGUCCCAAACUUCCCGUCUGUGGGAGCUAAAAAGGAUCCUCUUCUCCCUGGUGACAAGCGAUAGGACGAGGGGAAACGGGUUCAAGUUACGUCAGGGGAGGUUUAGAUUAGAUAUUAGGAGACAUUUUUUCACUGAAAGGGUUAUUAAACAUUGGAAUAGGCUGCCCAGGGAGGUGGUGGAUUCACCAUCUCUGGAGGUGUUUAAAAAAAGGGUAGAUGGGGCACUGAGGGACAUGGUUUAGAAGUGGCUCUUGUCAGGGUAGGCUAAAGGUUGGACUCGAUGAUCUUAAAGGUCCCUUCCAACCUCAACAAUUCUAUGAUUCUAUGAUUCUAUGAUUCUAUGAUCUUUGCAAUGUGAAAAUGACUGGAUGAUAUAAGGGAAAGAAGAUCCUUAGAUAACGCAUUGUCUGAAGCGUCGUUUUCUUCUCCCCACUCAUCUGUGUGUUGCUUCUCCUUCUGUGAAGUGUGUGCUCAGGUUCUGUGCCACGCCUAUGAAAUCGGUGGUAGUUGAUUGAAACAGAAUUAUGCACUGUUAUUCUUCAGAGGCAGUAUAUGAGCAUGCCCUAAGGGCAGUCUCUGCAGCCCCUUUGGGUAGACAUCCAUGCCAAAAGAGGUUGAUCUUCAUUUCUAUCUCUGCCUGUAGAGAUAUCUUCCUGUGAAAUCCCAGUCCUCUUGAGACAGUACGUCUACACACGGUGGAUAACAAGUGCUAUUUCCAAUUAGUGUUCAGCAAUGUGGUGCUAUGUUGAAAUGCAAAACAUGCGAAAUUGAGCAGUAAUCAUAAGAAUAGCCAUAUUGCAGAAAUGAAGACCCUGUGUAGACAUGGCUUUCUGUGGAAGUCUCUUGGCCUUGCACCGCCAUGAUCCCUGGCUGACGGGUGCCUGGUCAAGCCCUGGUUCAACUGUAGAGCAACUUUUCUCCAACAGCCUCUGCUUCCCAUGGCCUUGCCAGGCCUCCUGGUAGCAAAGUGGCCCAGAAGCCUCCUAGCAGCUGGGCUCUCCAGACCACAGCAUGAGGGAAGUGUUUGUUAGUGCAGGGGUCUCUGCAGAAAUUCUUGCAACUCAGAAAUGCCUCCUGGCAUUUUGGGGGUUUCUCUGGAAUGUUGCUCUGCCACACAUUCAGUUUUGGUGGUUCCAGCUUGGGGUCUAAGCUUGCUCGCUGUCCUCUUUCUACCCAUCUGGCUUUUAUUAAGGGGCAUCUUCCCGUGAGUGUCUUUGGGAUAUCUGGUCUUAUCGAUCCACAGAUUACUGCAAUAAUGACCAUGUCUCGUACCCAUGAGAAAUCUUUGUUUCUUAUUUGAGUUGAAAGAACGAAGUCAUUUUUUGGUCUCAGUUAUUGUUUAUAAAUUUAGUCAUGGUCAAGUCAUCUGUGGCUUAAGAUUGGAUUUGUGUGUCAUGAGUCGUGGGCCUUUUUCCCCGUUCACGACACUGAUUUCCUAUGCGUUUUCUGUUUCACUUGUUCCAGCUGUAAAACGGGAGCAAUGAUGUUCUAUUACCUUCCUAAGCACUUCAAAAACCUAUGGAUGUUUUGGGUUGAUUGCACAGCACUAAUUGCUUAUCAAACUAUUUAUGGAGUCUGGGGACACACAGGUCAAGUAUCUCUUUGAUGUACUGCUUCUGAAAUAAAUGGGGAUUAUUUUUAAGGUGUGUGUUGCUUACUUCAGUCACUUGCCAUGUCUGCCCAAGGCUGUUCUGACUUGAUGUGAUUUAUAGACACUGUAAAAAAUGAAAUAUUGACAGUAUUUACAUACUCAUACAUUAGUACUUGUAUAUAAAGUAGACUUGCCACAUGGAAAAAGGUUAAUAAAAGAGGAUGUUGGGAUCCCAGAGGGCCAAGACACAGCUUUCUGUACACAUGAAUUGUUGAUGAUAUAAUUGAUAUAUUGAAUUAAUUAUAUAAUGAUAUAUUUAAAAUUUUUUAUUUAGUUAAAUUGCCUGUAUGUAUGUAUCUACACACGUCGCCAUUUGUGUUGAAUUUAAGUGCUUUGCUCUACCAUAAAUUUAUAAAAAUAAUCCACCAGCACAUUAAACAUAACUGAAGUAAAUAAUUUUAAUCAACAUGCAACUUUGUGCUACUUUAACUGAAUUGGGUUGAAUGAUACCUGUAAUUUAACUAGUUUGAAAUAAGGCAGCUCAUGCUUCCUACGUAGUGAAGAAGUGGAUGUGGAGAUGGCACAAGGUGAAAUAGCAUCACCCAUUACAGUGGUACCUUUGCUAGCUGGAGAAGUACAAGUUGUACAGGCAUAGUUGCAACUUUAUGAAGUGCUGAUUUUCUAAUGAAUUAUAAAUAUUUCUGUUUUUUGAAGGUAAUUUCAAAGGCUUUUCAAGCUUGUAGAAAGGCAGUUCACAAAAAUCACUCAAGCUGGAAGAUCAUGUGGCCCAGCCUCCCACUUAUGACAGGAUCGACACUAAAUUUGGGCUGGGUUUCUUGGACCUUGUCCCAGGGAGUCUUGUGGAUCUCUAAGGAAGAUUCUGCAGCCUUCUGGGGCAAAGUUUUCCAAUGUUUCCAGGAAAAAGAACGGCCAAAAUAUAAGUUACUUAAAUUCUGAAUAAUUUCCUCUCUGCUUUUUCACUUUGCAUUCAUCAAUGUAGAUGUACAAUGUAGACGCCUGUAUCAUGGUUUUGUGAUUAGACUAUGGGGCUAGGUAACAACUUCAUUAUUUACCUCUGACUUCAUCAUCUUUGUUCUUUAUGCUGGUAUGUCUGUCUUUGCUGAAAAUGGACCGGAGCCACGAUCAGCAAACACCUUUCUCUCUGUGAGAAAAGUGGCUGAACCUAGUUUAUGGCAAAGCAAAUACGAAAUUAAUUUUAUUUGGGCUGGAACUUAGAUUAUAGGCGGUUGUCUGCCAUUCUGCUCUCAAAAGGAUUUAUUUUUUUUUUUGGUCUUAGUAAACCUCAGACAUCCCUUUCCUCUUCGUCUCUUCCCCUUCCUCACUUUUCCUGAAAAAGAUUCCUCUUGCAAGUUGCUUCACAGACUUGAAAUGCACGUGCAUUUGCAUGUAUUAGAUGGUUCUCUCUGUCUUUGUUCUGCUGAAGAAGCCCCACGCUGGCUUUCUCUCGUCCACCCUGCCCUGUGCUGGCUGCAUGGAGCACCUGGGCUAUCAGUUAACCUGCUUUUCCCGUUCAGGAAGGAUGCUGCUCCUGGCUGUCAGCGCUGGUGCACGGGUCCAGCCCAUCGUUUUGUUAGUGGCUGAGAACAGCGAAAAUGCUGAAUGCCUUCUAACGUGGAAAAGUUAAGUGAGGAAGAAAAGGAAAUAAUGAGCUUUAACAAAAGAGACGCAGAGACAGCAUUUGCACAAUUUGUCUUGCUAAUGAAUUUAUUAGGCUGGACGUGGAGUCAGGAGGAUAGUAUAUACAAACAUAAAUGCCUCACUACAUAUUUUCUUUGACAUUGGAAUAAAAGGAUGUGAAAGGAAGAACUAGAAACUAGACACCUAAUCUGUAAUUGUAAUUUAAACAGACUUGGCCUGUUGAGCAUUUCUGUGGCUGCUAUGUCAUUACUGUGGCAUUUGAAUCAGAAUGUAUAAACAUGAGUAAACCAGUAUUUGGGCAGAAAAUGUGGAGUAUAUGUGACACGCUAGUGUGUUUUUACAGUGUAACCUUGAUUUUCAGUUCAGGUAUAAUAUCUGUUUCUUUUUCUGUGUUUUUACAGAACUUGCGUUGUUCUUGAUGGUGAUAAUUUCCACUCGCAUAGAAAUGAUACUUCAGAACAAUGCGAUCUAUUAGUGAGAAUGUGGUAUUUUUGAUAUUUCAAGCUGAUGGUUCAACACUCUUAUCUGGUCCUGUUUUUUCACAACUACCAGGCUCUUUGAUUUUUCUAUGGCUGAAGUAUACUAAUCUUGAUAGUACCAAUCCUUCUUAGGAAAGGGAGAAAGCAAAAGCCAUGAAACUUUGGAUGAGGCAUUUUCUCAAUAGAGAUAGGAAGGACCAGAUGGUAUAUUGUAAAGGGAGACAGGAACAAUACAUUUUCUUGCUACAGAGCUGCCAUGUAUAUGUCUUAGCAGAGAUGUGCUUAAGUGGAAAUCCUUGCAUAUAGCAUGGUCGCUGCUCCCACGUGUGAUCAAGGUAAGCUAGACUUGAGUUAGUACAUUUUGAAAAUGAAGGUCAGUUAGGAAAUAAUGCCUGGACCCUGUAUCAGUUUCUCUUCUUGUAAAAAAAUAGAUGCUCUGAAAAAUCUUGACUAGGGUGUUACAAAAAGACUCGGGAGACUGGGCUGGUUGCAUCAGAGUGGGCAUAAGAAGGACCCUCUAAUUUUUUUGCUUAAGGCAGGUCAAUGGUUUUUAAUGAUGCUUUCUGUGUUAUUUGCAGAAACCAAUUUAAAGAUGUGCUAAUUUGAAAAAACAGUGACUGACUUCCACCUUGCAUCUCAAGUGUUUGCUAUAACACAUAUGAGUUUAUUUAAAAGACUCUUCCCUGGGCUACAAUUAGAGACUUCAUUGUGAUUUAAUUAAAGGCAGCAGCUUCUCUAUUGCUGAGCCUCUUUUCUCUGCCUGAGUUUGUUCUCUGAGACGGGAAGGACGGUAAGUCUAAGCUUUACCUGGGGUGAUGAGAAGAUUAGAGAGUAUACAGGGAUACUGCAGGUGGCAUUAGUACCGCUAUAGCAUAACAGCUGGGAAAUAAGAAUAACUGCAUCUUAUGCUGUAGAGGUUCAAGUCACUAUUUAUUCAUAAACAUAGUAAGAAUUGGAAAUCAUACAGUUGGAAAUAACUACAUGCAAAUAUUCUAGUGCUAAAUUGCUAGAGGCCGUGGGAAGUAGGACAAAAAUACAGGUGGUAUGUCCGUUUUUAUCUGAUGCAUGGUAAAAUUAGCUGAAGAUGAAUUGCAAGACCUUUCAGUUAGCACAAAAGUAGAAGUCCUCCUCCUACAGAGGUUUGAAAUGGCAGAAUUAAAGGCAGCAGCUUAUUUUCUCCAAGAAAUGUUAUGCUUGCUUUUGUUUCCUACGGUUGUUUCUUACCUUUUAAUACAUCAGUCCCAGCUUCUUUAUGGCCUACAGAUACCCAUAUCAGUUACAUUUUAUCACCUACUCUUAAAUUUUAUCAUUUACUCUAAGCUUCUUUGGAGUCCAUAACUUUCUUUUUGUCCUGUAGGAAGUCUAGGGGGUCUUAAUACAAUCAGCAUGUGGCAUGGCUGAAUUUCCAUUUAAUUGGCUUUAGUAGACAUGUGCAUGUUCUCAGCUACCCUGGGCCUGAACUGGUACAGCAGUUAUGAGGUUCCAUCACUAGGCAAUUAUUUAAAGAAAAAAUUAUUAAAGGUAUCCUUUGUUCCUAAUGCCAAACUUAACUUCUUCCCCUUGUCUUGAAUUCUGCUUGGUAUAGGCUAUAUAUAAAAAAGCUGUGUCAAGAAGAUACAUCCAAAGGAAUAAAAUUAUGUACAUCACCCAAAAGGAAAAAAAAACCAAACAGUUGGUUUGGAAAAGUCAUUUCAAGUAACUGAAAAAAUGGAUGAUGAAUUUUAUCCCCCAACAGGGAUAAAAUAAGAAUAUUCCUGAACAGGGAUAAAAUACACGCAGCUGUUGUCGCAGCCAGUUGGAGAGUUACUUCUCUGACUUUUGUAUCGUUAAUAAUGUUCUUAAAAAUGCACUCCUAUUUCCAAGGCUUUGCUCAACUGGGAUGUGAAUGCCUGCAAUUGGUAAAGCUUCAUCCCUCUUCUUUGCAGAUCAGAGUGGUACCCUGUGAAUCCAUGAGCAGGUUUAAACUAUUUAUUUCUUUGCCAGGCCUCAGAUUCCAAACUUCCUCUAGGGUAGAGCAGAAUCAGAAAAGCAUCUGGCCAUCGGCACGCAAGUAAUCGGACAACACAACCUCCCGAGGAUGGAGCUGCCUCCAGAAAAUGAGCUGGAUCUGGAGUCAGCCCUCUCAGACGGCAGAGCAAACACUGCCUGUAUUUCAUUUCAUUAGAGCACGUCAGCAUUAUAAUUUUCAAGACCAGCCAACUAAUUGUAUUAUCUGUGUUGUUUUCAUUGGCUGAAGGAUCGUGAAAUUCUCUCUUCUCUCUCUUCUUAAAUGAAGAUUUAUUUAAAAUCUCUGUACAUAUAUUUUGGGAACAGACACAGUAUGUCUUCUUGCACUGCAUGCCUUGUCCUCAUUUGAAACCAAGGGAGCCAAAUCAGGUUCUGAAGUCAUAAGGCAAUAAAGAACCGAAGACAUGAAGAACUGAGUCAUCCUAAAAUUAAGUAGCUGUAGCAUUUUGCUUCUCUAUGAUCAUUAAGUGUAUAGUUUCAUAUUCAGUUUCAGAAACCUGAGGCAUUUCAUAAAUUGGAAUAGCAAGAAGUGGAGAUAUUAAAGAAAAAUUUACCUGGAGUGCUUACCUGUGAGUUUUCGUUUCAGUCUACAUGAAGUGAGUCGCUUUCAUUUUAGUUGCUCACAGACAUGCACACCACAGAGCUGCUGCUGGCACUGGGGUGCCAUUGCCACCUUCCCCAGUGCCUUGGGGGCUGCGCUCUCCCCCUGGUUGGGCACUGCUCAUUGCAGUCACCAGAAGAAGGGGCAGAAGAUAUGGCCUCCAUCCCACCGCUCUAGAAAUAACUUUUUG